AUGCAGAAAGCAACAGCUUCUAAUGGCUCCUCAGGAAUUACGGACCAUUCUGAGCACCCAGAACCUCAACCUUCCCCACGGGAAAUUCUGGCCGAACAAGACGACCAAUUCCCGGCCUCCUUCCUUGAUCCAUCGACUGUGGACAACGGAGAUGCCAUGGAGAAUGUGCAAUACGGGACGGGACCAGAACAGAUGGGCACGAGCUCCAGAAGAAAAGUCUCCUCCCUAUUUUCAACUGAGAAAAGGAUGUUAUCAGAUGAAUCCGAAUUCGGUUCGAGAUUGAAGUGUUUGGGCAGCAAAAUCGCAGAAGUUCCGCUACCCGAUGUCACUGAUCCAGCUUUCGAUGUUCGCACAUGGGCCACUGCGGUCCUAGACGCAGCAGGCAUGGACAAAGUACAAUCCAGACAGGCAUCUUUUGUGUUCAAGGGUCUUGAUGUGAGCGGGUCUGCACCUGGUGCAAGUGUUCAGCCAACCGUUGCUUCAAUGUUUAUGGCACCCCUCGCCCUAGCCAGACAUUUCAGUGGAGGUAAGGCUCCGAGAAGAAAGAUACUAAAUUGCUUCGAUGGGGUCGUCAACUCCGGCGAACUGCUCUUGGUCUUGGGGCGUCCUGGUAGUGGCUGUUCGACUUUUCUAAAAACAAUCACGGGCCAACUGGGCGGCAUUGAGGUCGGCUCUGGAUCCACGAUCAACUACUGCGGGAUCCCGCAGUCACAUAUGAUCAAACACUUCAAGGGCGAAAUUGUAUACAAUGCGGAUGUGGACAAGCAUUUUCCCCACCUGACAGUUGGAGAGACACUCAAGUUUGCGGCUGCUAUGCGCGCUCGCUCUGACAGAUUGCUGGGGUCCUCGCGUAGAGAGAACAUUGAAUGUCUCACAGCGGUGGUGAUGGCGGUCUGCGGACUCACCCACACCAAGAAUACGAAAGUGGGCAACGAUUUUGUACGAGGAGUCUCUGGCGGGGAAAGAAAGCGUGUAAGCAUUGCAGAAAUGAUGUUAGCCUGGUCUCCCAUUGGCGCCUGGGACAACAGUACCCGCGGUCUUGACUCUGCCACUGCGCUCACGUUCGUCAACAACCUGAGACUAGGAGCUGACAUUCUCGGUACGACGCAUGCAGUUGCUAUAUAUCAGGCAUCACAAGCAAUUUUCGACGUUUUCGACAAAGUCUUAGUCCUCUACGAAGGGCGAGAAAUUUUCUUUGGACCAACUAAGAUCGCACAUGCAUACUUUACGGAGAUGGGCUGGCUCUGUCCAGCACGUCAGACCACGGGCGACUUUUGCACGUCAGUGACCAAUCACCAAGAGCGCAAAGCGCGUCCUGGCUUUGAAGGAAAGGUCCCUCGGACCCCAGAAGAGUUCGAGGCCUACUGGCGCACCUCUCAACCUUACAGGACGCUCCAUGCCGAGAUCGAGAAAUAUCAGAAUGAUUGGUCGAGCGCAGACUACGCCGAGAGGUUUAGAUCGGCACACGAAGCUUCGCAGUCUUCCAAUAUCAGCGGAAAGUCGUCCUACAUGGUCAGCCUUCCCAUGCAAGUCAAGAUAUGCACAAAACGAGCUUACCAGCGUCUUUGGAACGACAAGGCUUCUACUCUGACCGUGGUGUUAGGUCAAAUUAUCAUGGCCCUGGUUGUUGGCUCGGUGUUCUUUGGGCUUGCCGCAAAUACAAACAGCUUCUUCGCGCGUGGCUCAACAUUGUUCUUUGCGACGUUGCUUAAUGCUCUGAUCGCCGUGACGGAAAUCAACAACCUGUAUCAACAAAGACCGAUCGUUCAGAAGCAUGUCAUGUUCGCAUUUUACCAUCCAGCGGCCGAAGCUUUGGCAGGCGUCAUAUCUGACGCUCCAGUAAAGAUGGUCAUCGCGACCUUCUUCAACGUGAUCCUCUACUUCCUUGCAGGUCUGAGUCCUACGGCUUCGCAAUUCUUCGUCUUCUUCCUGUUCACGGUAUUGGUCCGCUUCACCAUGUCAGCAAUGUUCCGCACAGUGGCAGCAGCCACAAAGACUGUCUCGCAGGCUCUCGCCAUAGCAGGUGUGUUGGUUUUGAUGAUCGUCAUUUAUACGGGAUAUACUAUACCUAAGUCCUACAUGCACCCAUGGUUCAAAUGGUUAAUGUGGCUCAACCCCUUGGCCUAUGCUUUCGAGGCCCUCAUGGUCAAUGAAUUCCAUGGACAGAACUUCGCUUGCGGAAACUUUGUCCCGUCAUACCCGAACCUACCCGGCAAAACAUUCGUCUGCGCCGUCAAUGGCGCGGUCUCGGGCCAGCUCACAGUCUCAGGAGAUGCUUACGUAGAGGCAAGCUUCCAGUAUAGUUACUCCCAUAUCUGGCGGAAUCUCGGUAUUGUGAUUGCGUUCUAUACCUUCUUCCUUGCGGCUUAUCUCAUUACCUCGGAAUUGAGCUCCGGAAUAUCAAGUACGGCUGAAGUCCUGCUCUUCCGGCGUCGAGACACCAAUUUCAAGGCUGGAAAACUAGAAAGGCCAUCAAGACAAGAGACCGAGUUCCAAAACGAAAUGACAGCUACUGCCACAGAGGGUGUUCAAGUCAGGAGCGUCCUUACUUGGCGGGAUGUGACUUAUGACAUUCGUAUCAAGAAUGAGCCGCGUCGACUGCUCGACGGUGUAUCUGGAUGGGCAAGACCUGGCACCCUUACAGCACUCAUGGGUGUCUCUGGUGCUGGGAAGACUACACUCUUGGAUGUUCUUGCUCAGCGCACCUCGGUUGGUGUUAUUUCUGGAGAUAUGUUUGUGAACGGAAAGCCCUUCGACUCGAGUUACCAACGCAGACUUGGCUAUGUACAGCAGCAAGAUGUUCACCUCGAAACAUCUACUGUUCGAGAAGCGCUGCGAUUUAGUGCGGUCCUUCGCCAACCCGCAUCCAAGCCAAUCGCGGAGAAGCAUAGAGAUGUCGAGGAGAUUAUAAAGAUGCUCGACAUGGAAGAAUUUGCUGAGGCCAUCGUUGGUGUACCAGGAGAGGGGCUCAACGUGGAGCAAAGGAAACUCCUUACCAUAGGAGUUGAACUUGCCGCUAAACCAUGUUUGAUUUUCCUCGACGAACCCACGAGUGGUCUUGACUCACAAAGCUCGUGGGCAAUCAUAAAAUUCCUCCGAAAACUCGCAAACAGUGGCCAGGCAGUGCUGUCAACGAUCCACCAACCGAGUUCCGUACUCUUCCAGGAAUUCGACAAUCUACUGUUCCUUGCCAAAGGUGGAAGACCAGUGUACUUCGGAGCUAUAGGCCCGAACUCCGAGAUCAUGCUCCAUUACUUCUCGAGUCACGGUGCUAGGCCCUGUGCGGCGCAAGAAAACCCUGCAGAGUACAUCCUUGAAACGGUGACUCUUGGGGCGAGUGGGCAGACCAGUCUCGAUUGGCCUGGAAUUUGGAGAUCGAGUGACGAGACCAAAGAGAUGACCAAGGAACUGGAUCGAAUUCACCACAAUACGAGUCUUGGUGAGGCGAAAGAUGACACGAGCAACACAGGCGAGUUCGCCAUGCCUUUCUUCAUUCAAGUCCGCCGCUGCACCAUCAGGAUCUUUCAACAGUACUGGCGGACCCCCUCUUAUAUUUGGGGCAAGGCGGUCCUCGGGCUCGCCUCAGCAUUAUUUAUCGGCUUCUCAUUCUUUCAUUCUAAUGAUUCAUUGCAGGGCAUGCAAAACGUAGUUUUCAGUCUGUUCAUGCUAACCUCAAUUCUGAGUUCCAUGGUCCAGCAGAUCAUGCCACGAUUCGUCCGAGAACGCCCUUCGAAGAUUUACUCGUGGGUUGCCUUUAUGAUCGCCAACGUUCUGGUGGAGCUGUUCUACCAAGUUCUUGUUGGAGUCCUAGUUUACCUCUGUUACUACUACGCGACAUUCGGAAUUCAAUCCUCUGAACGCCAAGGCCUCAUCUUACUUUUCUGCGUCGAGAUCUUCAUCUUCGCUAGCACCUUUGCGCAAAUGGUCAUAGUUGCACUCCCUGACGCACAGACAGCGGGGGCUCUUGCCACCCUACUCUUCUCAUUGACCAUGAUUUUUAACGGUGUCUUCCAGCCGCCACAAGCCUUACCGGGCUUCUGGAUCUUUAUGUAUCGUCUGAGUCCUCUGACUUAUAUCAUUGGGGGCCUUGCUGCUACAGGUCUUAGUGGACGACCCGUUGUGUGUUCCACAACCGAAUUGAAGGUCUUCCAACCGCCCAAUGGGCAAACUUGCGGCCAGUAUCUGAGAACAUACCUUAUGGAAGCACCCGGCCAGCUCACCAAUCCUAAUGCCAUGGCCAACUGCUCGUACUGUCAGCUCAAGAAUGCUGAUCAGUUUUUGGCAGAGUCCGAGAUCGCAUGGAAUGACAGAUGGCGCAAUUUUGGCAUUGUCUGGGCCUACAUCUGCUUCAACAUCGCAGCUGCAAUGAUGCUCUACUACGUAUUUCGCAUAUCAAAGUGGAAGCCAGCGACUUUGGAGCAACGUAAGCAGCGCUGGGGGCGUAUUGGCAGCUGGAUGGGAAGGACCGGGCUUUGGAUCCAACUCUUGAUAUUGGGAUUAAUCGGUCAGGCUUUUUCGCGCUAA